GACUGUAAGGACACCGGAAGAAAACGAGCCAAGUAUCUCGAACUAGUUAGCGAAGCUAAUGUUGCUGUGGCUAGCUGGUAGUGUUCUUGGCUGAAUGCUUAUUUUGCUUCUCAGCACAAUUUAUCAUGGUACUGCCGCUACACUGAACACCACUCGGAACACCCAAGGAAAUCAGUCGUCAACAUUCCUCUCGCUUUAAGCGCAGAAACAAGGUGUGAAUGACCGACGUGGUGCCCCCCACUGCGCUCAGCGAGAUUAAGCUCCGCCUACUCUGCCACGAUGACAUAGAUAGCGUCAAGUUACUCUGCGGUGACUGGUUCCCCAUCGAGUACCCAGACUCAUGGUAUCACGACAUCACCUCAAACAGGAAGUUCUUCUCCCUCGCGGCCACCUUCAAAGAGGGCAUCGUGGGAAUGAUAGUGGCUGAAAUAAAAAGCCGAACCAAAGUACACAAAGAGGAUGGGGACAUCCUGGCCUCCAGCUUUCCUGUCGACACACAGGUCGCAUAUAUCCUAAGCCUGGGAGUGGUGAAGGAAUUCCGAAAACAUGGAAUAGGUUCUCUCUUACUAGACAGCUUGAAGGAGCACAUAUCCACCACGGCCCAGGACCACUGCAAGGCCAUCUACCUGCACGUGCUGACCACCAACAACACGGCCAUCCACUUUUACGAGAACAGAGACUUUAAGCAGCACCACUACCUGCCCUACUACUACUCCAUUCGGGGCGUGCUAAAGGACGGCUUCACCUACGUCCUCUACAUCAACGGAGGCCAUCCGCCCUGGACCAUCUUUGACUACAUCCAGCACAUCGGCUCCACCCUGGCCAGCCUGAGCCCGUGCUCCAUCCCACAGCGCAUCUACCGGCAGGCCCAGAGCCUCCUGCGCAGCCUGCUGCCCUGGUCCGGCAUCUCGUCCAAGAGCGGCAUCGAGUACAGCCGGACCAUGUGACAGGAAGUGAGGGGAAAGCGGGAGGAGCGAGGCGGGCGGAACUCGGAAUGGAGUAUUGUUUGUCUCCAAUGUCAUUUCCUGUCACCGGGACCCAGUACAAGGAGCCUUACAAUGACAGAGGCUAUGAACAAAGGCUCUCUCUCUCUCCUCUGUCGUGUCUGAAAAUGUAUUAUAUGUGUACAGUAU